GGGGAUAACGUUGACGGGCGUAAGGAUACGACGGGGCUACGCGUCGCUAGCAGGUGCACUGCGCAGGGAAACGAGGAAUAACACGGGAGGAACGAGUCCGCGGCUGACGGGGUGUUUUACCGUUAAAACCACCGAGGUGCCGUCACACCACGCAACGGAACCCCGCUUUUCCACCGGAGUAAUGUCACGAGAGCAGAUACCAUCGGCUGACCUUUUCUCUCCGGAGUGACUGCGUUCUCCACAAUAAGAAGCCACUCACUCAACUACCAACAAAAUGUCCGGGACCUACACACCCGCCCCGGGGGGGCCAUUCUCUGCUCUCACUCCAAGUAUGUGGCCUCAGGAGAUCUUGGCCAAGUACCAUCAAAAAACCUCAUCAGAGCAGCCAGAACUCCAUUAUGACGAGUUUGGCUUCAGAGUGGACACUGAAGACGCUGGGGAACCCAGGUCCUGGCUUGGCGCUGAAGGCUCACCCCAGCGUGAAGAUCCACAGCAGCGAUUGCGCUGGCAAGCCCACCUGGAGUUCACCCACAACCACACGGUGGGUGACCUGACCUGGGAGCUCAUUGAUCCUGUGCUUCCACGCUCCGAGCGUCUGCGUUCCUUGGUGCUCGGUGGCAUACCUCACAGCAUGAGGCCACAGCUUUGGAUGCGUCUUUCUGGAGCGCUGCAGAAAAAGAGGACCACUGAGAUCUCAUACAGAGAAAUCAUUAAGAACAGCUCCAAUGAAGACUCCUCCACAGCCAAACAGAUAGAGAAGGACCUCUUACGGACAAUGCCAACCAAUGCAUGUUUCAACACUAUGACCAGUGUUGGAGUGCCGAGGCUCAGACGGGUAUUGAGAGGUCUAGCCUGGCUCUACCCGGACAUCGGGUACUGUCAGGGUACUGGGAUGGUGGUUUCCUGUCUCCUGCUCUUUCUUGAGGAGGAGGAUGCCCUAUGGAUGAUGUGUGCCCUGAUCGAAGACCUUCUCCCUCCAUCCUACUUCUCCUCCACUCUGCUCGGUGUCCAAACGGACCAGAGGGUUCUCCGCCAGCUCAUUGUUCAGUACCUACCAGCCCUCGACCGCCUUCUGCAGGAGCAUGACAUAGAGCUGUCGCUGAUCACACUCCAUUGGUUCCUGACAUCAUUUGCCAGUGUGGUGGACAUCCGUCUGCUGCUUAGGAUCUGGGAUCUGCUCUACUACCAGGGCUCAUUGGUGCUCUUCCAGGUCACACUGGGGAUGCUCAAGAUCAAGGAGGAGGAGCUUGUAUCGUCAGAGAACUCUGCUUCCAUUUUUAAUACUCUGUCGGACCUGCCUAGCCAGCUGAGAGAUGGACCUGCAGUUCUUGGGGAAGCCAUGAGGCUAGCGGGGACCCUGUCCCAGGAAACUCUGGACGCCCACCGCCACAAGCACCAAGCCUAUAUCCUAAAUGAACAGGCGCAGCUCAGCAAUGGGAACAACCCAACACACAACACAAAUCUCAACAAGGUGGUGAGAAGACAGUCGCUGCGCAGGAAGUCCACCCUGAGCUCCCUGUUGUUUGGGGAGGAUGAGGCAGAUUCUCUAAAAUCUAAGAACAUAAAGCAGACAGAGCUGGUCGCUGCCCUGCGAGAGGCCAUAACCCGGACUGCAGAGCACUUCCACUGUCUGGACCCGUGUCACUCCAGCACUGACCUGACUCCUGACUACUCCAUGGAGAGCCACCAGCGAGACCAUGAGAACUUCCUGGUUGUGUCCCGGAACCGGCGGAGACGGGCCAAGGCUUUGUUGGAUUUCGAGCGACACGAUGACGACGAACUGGGCUUCAGAAAGAAUGACAUCAUCACUAUCAUCUCACAAAAGGAUGAACACUGUUGGGUUGGGGAUCUGAACGGCCUCCGAGGCUGGUUUCCAGCUAAGUUUGUGGAGAUCCUUGAUGAAAGAAGCAAGGAGUAUUCAUUAGCAGGUGAUGACUCUGUGACAGAGGCAGUGACAGACCUGGCCAGAGGCACAUUGUGUCCGGCACUAAAGGCCAUUUUCCAGCAUGGUCUCAAGAAGCCGUCUAUACUGGGAGGACCCUGUCACCCUUGGUUAUACAUAGAGGAGGCGGCCAGUAGAGAGGUGGAGAGGGACUUCAACUCUGUCUACUCAAGACUGGUGCUAUGUAAAACUUACAGAUUAGAUGAAGAUGGGAAAGUACUAACACCAGAGGAGCUGCUAUACAGAGCAGUACAGUCAGUCAACAUGAGCCACGACACGGCACACACUCAGAUGGAUGUCAAGUUCAGGUCUCUGAUCUGCGUCGGCCUCAAUGAGCAGGUGCUCCACUUGUGGCUGGAGGUGUUGUGUUCCAGCAUGGCUGCUGUAGAGAAAUGGUAUCACCCCUGGUCGUUCCUGCGCAGUCCUGGAUGGGUUCAGAUCAAAUGUGAGCUCAGGGUCCUCUCAAAGUUCGCCUUCAGUCUCUCCCAGGAUUGUGAGCUACCCGACAAAAAGCAGAAAUCCACUCUUCUCAAAGCAGAAGUUAUGGAUGUGCUGGUUCAGCAUCACCUCUUUAGUUGGGAUCUCUAGGUAACGUGCGUAUGAGACAAAGAGAAGGAGCAGAGGCCGUUGAAGGAAGGCGUGCAGGACAUGUUGGUGAAACAUCACCUCUUCAGCUGGGACAUUGAUGGAUAGACACCCAGCUAAACAUGGCUGAGUCCCACCCCGUCUUCUGCUUCCGUUAAUAUUUGAUGUCUCCUCACUCGUUCCCUACAGACUGUCCAACAUAAACGCAACACUACUGUCUGCUACGUGAAGUGACCGCUUCACAGACACUCCAUAAUGAUGACUGGAACCCUCACGUCACCACCAAGGUGGACUGGUUUGUAUGAGCUUCAGUAUAUGCAUCUCAUGUGUUCAUUGAGAUGCAUACUUUAUUUUUAUUCAGACCCUCUAUAAGAGGUUUCCCUACAAAUAAAACGGUCAGGCACUCCUCUAGUACAGAACAGUCUGUACUUUCUGGACUUGAACAUUUCUGGAGAACUGACUACACUGAGCUUUCAGCUUUUUACAGCUGACUGAGUUUUAGGCUGAAGCGAGACAUGCAGUCCGUUCUCCAUCUACGUUAAAGACAGCAGCAUGUGAUCCCAAACACUGGGCCUUUCUAACACGGUCCCAAAAUCCACAUCAACCUGUAAACUUCCCUCAAUGAAGACCAAAACAGAACAUUCCUGAACACGGAGGCGUAAAGUUACUUAUUAUUUUAGAGGAAUGCUGAUUACCCCCAAAUAUUCCAGUAAACACUAAUGUUGCACACACCGAGUAAAGCCUUUUCAAAUUGUGAUACAAGACGAUGGGAAUGUGUGCUACCUGAACAGUGGUAGUGUGCAGUCUGCACUUGUAUGACAUGUUGUAAAUGAAGCAGAUGCUUUUUGUGUUACAAUUCACAGUAAAUAAAUGUUACAUAUAUAUACGUGUGUGUGUAUAUACAGUGGGUCCUAAAUUCAAUUUGUAAUGUUUUUUGUGUGUAAACAUACCUGUCAAAUAAAUGUGUACUUGCAAGUUUAAGAAAUUCAACAUAGGAUUUAAUUAAUUUAAUUUAAAAGGUCUUUAAAAAACAGCGGGUCGCCUGUAACUUGUGGACCAAAAGUGGGGACUUGAGCAACUAAAUGUUAACAAAGCUAAAUGACUUUAUUUUGUAUGCAAAAAGAAGCUCUAUAUUCACUUGUUUCAUUUUCAGCAGUUGCAUUUUUGGAUACUUGCUACAUACAGAAACUAGAAUGGCAGUCAGUCGUGCUCAAACCUCCGCCAAGCCCCAAAAGCCCCUUCAUGAAACCACAUUUCAAUUCACUGAAACCACAUUUCACACCCUCCUAUCAGGCCAGUUUUCAUUCUAUUUCAAGAUCAGUUAAUUAUUUUCUGAGAAAUCAAUGAACAUGUUGAAAACCACCUUCUUGCUAUAUUUGGAGAAGGUGAAAAUAUGAUCUACAAUUUCUAUGGGGUCUUUCUGCAGUUAUGGCCAUGCCCUCCUUAAAAUCGAAUGUGAAGUGGCCCAGUUGUGUUUUCGUAAUCCUGCAAACUGACAAACGUGUGUGAACCAACUUCCUUGGCGGAGGUAACAACAGAUCAGUGGAAUGUGUUGCUGUUCUUGGCAUGAAGCUUGAAACUGUACUUUAAGUGUUUCUUUUUUUUUUUACUUUCAGAUGUGCAAAAAAACUCAAUCAUCCAAAUUAUUUUUACAAGAUUGUAGCUAUUGUAGCCUGUAAAUUAAAUGUGUCACAGUACAAUUUGAGAAA